CGGUUCCAGCACUUGGUACAGCUUUGCUUUUGCUUGGACUCCUCUGCCAUCUGAGCCAGAAGAGAGACAGGCAGAGAGGGAGAGGCAUCUCCUGGCCAGCCUGGGCUCUGGACCACUCCCUGGGCAGAAGAAGAAGAUGGGGAGAAGGAGGGCUGCUGGCCUCUGAGGGGCUGAUCCUUCGGGACAGAGGAAGACUCCCCUCUGGAGGCCAUGUCCAGCCCUGCUGAAGCUCAUGGUCACAGCAGGAGGCUGCCCUCCGACAUGGAAAAUGGGCAGCGGGGACUCGAUGCAGAGCAGCUGCAGCAACAACAGCUCAAACUACGUGAGAGGCAGAGAUUCUUUGAGGAGGUUUUCCAGCAUGAUGUCGAUUUCUUCUUCCCAGUAUCCCAUCUGCAGAUAGAACACAGGAGACCUCCCUUGGGCAGCAUUUCCUCCAUGGAGGUGAAUGUGGACAUGCUGGAACAGAUGGAAAUGAUGGACCUCUCUGACCAAGACACUGUGGAUGUGUUCCUUAGCUGUGGGACAGAGGACAACAACAAUGUACCCACUCUUUUGCCAGAUUCCAACCAUUACCAAGAAGAAAUAUCUCUGCAAGUGCCCAGUACUGGUGAGGUCAAAUCCAGGAUCUCGUCUACAUCUUCAGCCUCUACAGACCUGAACAGCCUGGAUACCAGUGAGGAAGGGGCCGAGACCCCCGUGGUACAAUCAGAUGAGGAAGAGCUACAGCAAGAUGGCCCUGAAGAACAGGAGAUCAAAAGCUAGCAGGACAAAGGGGUGUUAUUCUUUGGCCAUGCUCUGCAUCUACCCCAUCACAUGGACCCUGCCAGCAUGAGAAUGCUGAGUGAAAAUGUCUGGCUGGCUCUUUGACUCCCACUGAGUAAACCCCACUGAAGCUCCCUCUAUCCCAAUGGUUCUAGCUGGGGAGGAUUAGAAAGAAGCCUUCCCCUCUGCAGAAUAGUCAGUGCAUGGGGAAAGCAAGAAGCAAGGGGAGAACAGGGUGAAGUAAGGGGACUGCAAAAAAUUAUAUACACACAAAUCUAACUCUUCAAGCUUUCAUGGCUAACACUCCUGCUUCACUCACUCUGGUGGUUCAAGUUUGCUGUAGGCCCAGCUGCAGCUGUUUCAUGCAAGAUCUUCAUGCAAACUUGCAGUCUCCUGAAUCCCAAAACACACACACACACACACACACACACACACACACACACAUACAUAUAUACAUACAUGACAAAUGUUUAACUGUAACAUAAUAGAUAAUUAUAUUCCUUUCCAAAACAAGCAACUGUGUUGCUGUGUUUUAUUGAGAAAGAACCAAUGAAGCCUUGGGGCUAGUAAGGAUGAAGGCAAGAUGGCUAAACUAUAUCACAGGCCUAGGAACUUGGGUUGGGGCAGUACUGGGAGUCGAGGAAAGAUUUUGGUUUACUUGCUCUUUCAUCUGAUUCUGCAUUAUCACAUUGCAAGCAUGCAGUACAUGUCAGGAAGGUACAAAACCUAAGAAUGGCUUGAUGAAAAGAAAAAUGGAUUUCAGUCAAGUGGUGCCAUAGUAACAUGUCUUUUUGGAAGGGACUUGUAUUGCUUCUGACUCACCAAGUUGAAUGCAAUCCAUAUCAACUAUGCCUCCUAUCAUCUCUCAUGAAAAUCGUGUGGUAUAGUAGUUAGAAAGCUGGAUUGGAACUUAGUAGAUCCAGGUAUAAGUCUCCUCUGAGGUGAAAUGCUUUGGGUGACUUUGAGCUAGUAGCUCUCUCCUGGUCUGAUCUGUCUUACAGCAUUGUUUUGAUGAGGGGAGAAGGAUAACUAUGGAUGUUCUCAGAAGAAACGUGGAAUAUCACUAUAACAAAAAAAAUCAAUAUUGCUGUUGUCAUCGGAUCACUGAAUAGAUGGAUCAUCAACCCCCUUACAAGCUCUACAUAGCAUGUGGAUUGCAUUCAGCUUGGUAGAUCACAAAGUUUGUAUAGGACUGACAGGUUAAUAUUUUAGUAAAAGAAUAGCUUUAUAUUGCCAUCUGACAAGUUUUUAGCUGCCUAAACAGAAGUCCCUUUACUUAUAGUGUAGUGGCCAAAAGUGUGGGAUCAAGAGAAUUUCUGGUGGAACUCACCUCUUUAGCAUGAAUUUAUGGAGCAAGCGCCCAUCUCUUCCCCUUAGCCUCCCUCUUCUACUGUCUGGCCACAGUAAUACUGAUCCAUUUUAUAUGAAUUUUGAAAGUAUUUCUGAAACAAUGUAAGUGAAGUUCUUUCAGCACUAAUUGUAAACAUUCUUACUUUCAAAGAGUUUUAAAAUGUAAAUGGUGAAAUCUGAUACUAAUUCAUGCAGAAUGUUCAUUAGGCACACAUGAAGGGAAACAUCAUAAAGACAUGGCAGUGUAUGGAGGGGCUAUAGCACUUUGGUAAAACAAAUUGCAUAUCUUAAGGUACUAUGUUCAAUCAGCAGCAAUGAGGAUUUCCCAGAUUCAUUGCCAAACCAAGUAGUUUCUCUGUUUUUCUCACCAUGCGGGGACUUGAAGAUUUCUGCAUUAUAAUAUAUGCCCCAGGAUCUUUCUUGCCAUCAUGGAACAUUGAUGCCAAUACUCAGAUCCUCAAAUGUCCAUUUUCACCAAACAAGCAAAAGCACACCAACAAAUAAAAUCAAAUCCAGGAAGGAAAUGUGAGGAGGAGGAGUUGUAUGCCUUCAAGUUGCUUUGGUCCAAAUUGUGAGUUUUCUUGGCAACAUUUGUUUUGAGGAGGUUUGCCAUUGCCCUCCUCAGAGGCUGAGAGAGUAUGAUUUUCCCAAGGUCACCCAGUGGGUUCACAUGGCUGAGCAGGGAUUCAAAUCUUGCUCUUCCAAAAUUCUAGCCCAAUACUCAAACCACACUAAACUAUGAUGGCUUGCAUAUGCGAUGGAGACUAUUAAUCCAGGAUUUGGGAGUCUGCAGCUCUCCAGGUGUUAUUGGACUCUAACCCUCAUUAGCCCCAGACAGCAGGGCCAGUGGUUGAUGGGAGAUGGAGAAUUUUGUCAUUCCUGUAAUUGAUUGGGUGUUUCCUGAAAGACAGCUUCCAGCACUAACAGUAAAAAUUAUAUUACACAGUUGUUCCAAUUCCCCCUUCAUUUGAACUAGUAAGAAAGAAAAUGGAAGAAGUCGUAGGAAAACAUGAGAGGUCCACAAAUGGAAAAUGUUGUUGUCUGGAACUCUGUUCUGGUAACAUUCUAUGAAUGAGCAUGGCAAUCAAACAGUAAAAUCUUCAUCGGAAAGUC